CCCCCUACUAUGUAUUCCAACCUCAACCUCAACACGCAACUCUCUCCCUCAUCAUCUUUCAACAACGGGUACUUUUGACCCACUUAUCAACCGAAGGGCCAACAACAGUGUAGCCGCAAUGCCCACGUUACCCGAAUAGGGUACCCGAGGAUGCCCCGACCUAAAAUUUGUGGUCAAAGAAAGUCAAAGACCUGGCUUGACAUCUUGUAGUUACUAUUCCACACGACCUUCUUCUACGAUGAUAAGAUUUGAAUUGAAACUUGAAAAGCAAAAUGGAGGAAAAACUGUCAUCAAUUGCUAAAACCCUAAAACCUUCACCAAUCCAGCAGUUAUCGUUUCUAGCCGAACGUUGCAACGCCGUUAACCUCGCCGAAGGCUUCCCUGAUUUUCCGGCACCACCACUUAUCAAGGCCGCCGCCGUCUCCGCCAUCACAUCCGAUUUUAACCAAUACAGGCAUGUGCAGGGAAUUUGUGAUCUGCUUGUGGACAAAAUGAAGCAAAUGCACGGUUUAGAUGUCGACCCGUUAACGGAUAUUGCCAUUUGCUGUGGCCAGACCGAGGCAUUUGCUGCCACAAUGUUUGCUAUAAUUAACCCUGGUGAUGAAGUAAUACUGUUUGAUCCUUCUUUUGAAACAUACGCAACAUGUAUUUCAAUGGCUGGAGGAGUCCCUGUAUAUGUAGCCCUUGACCCGCCUUACUGGACUCUUGAUAAGGUCAAACUUUUGGAUGCUUUUACCGCCAAGACAAAGGCUUUAGUACUGAAUAGUCCUCAUAAUCCAACCGGAAAAGUUUUUAACAUGGGCGAGCUAGAGAUUAUUGCUGAAUGUUGCAGAACAAAGGAUUGCAUUGCAAUUACCGAUGAAGUUUAUGAGCAUAUAAUAUACGACAACGAACCGCAUAUAAGCCUUGCGUCUCUACCAGGAAUGCAAAAUAGGACCGUCAUAACGUCUUCCUUGUCUAAGACUUAUAGUGUAACCGGCUGGAGGGUUGGGUGGGCCAUAGGCCCAUCUUGCAUUGCAUCUGCGAUCCGAAACAUUCAUACUAAAGUUACCGAUUCUGCUCCUGCACCUUUUCAGGAAGCUGCGUUGACCGCGUUAAGGAGUCCACCAGAAUACUACAGAUCGUUGAGAAUGGAGUAUGAAUCGAAGAGAGAUUUCGUCUUCAAGUUGUUGUGCCGGAUGGGUUUUCAGGUGGAGUUUAAACCAUUGGGUUCGUUUUUCAUAUUUGCAACGAUUCCGGAGACUUGCAAACUUACUGACGUUGAGUUUGUGGAGCAAUUAAUAAAAGAAGCUGGCGUUGUUGCUGUUCCUGGAUGUGGUUUUUUUCACACGAAACAUGAUUACGAUAAUCGAUACAUCAGAUUUGCUUUCUGUAAGGAUGAUGCUACUUUGACCUCUGCUGCUCUCAAAAUGCGGCAACUUGUUGACGCAUCUGGGCGCCUCAGGUUUCUUUGAAUUCGUAUGAAUCAUAACCGUACAAAAAUGUAACAGAAAUAUGAGUUUGUCGGCAAGAAUAUUUCCAUUUUAUUAUUGAUAUUGUUAUCCACUAA